AUGGAACUUCGCUGCUUAGUGAUCUCCAUUUCUCUUCUCUUCGCUCUUGUUCUUGCAAGAGAAAGCCAUGCCCAAUCAUCACUACCAGAUGAAGAUUAUUGGCAAGCUGUUUGGCCAAACACUCCCAUCCCCACUGCAUUGCAAGAGCUUGUAAAGCCUAGCCCUUCAGAUGCUGAAAUCCAUGAUCACCCUACUGAAAUUGAUGGUACACAGUAUCCGAAAACCUUCUUCUAUGAGGAAGAUCUUUAUCCUGGCAAAAUCAUGAAGGUACAAUUCAGCAAGGGUCUCUUUAAACAACCUGCCACUUUAAUCGCUUGGUUGAAGAAAGUUAAAGACAUUGAUAAAGAAGGAUACACUUUUGAUGAGCUAUGCAUCAAGAGAGAACCUGUAGAGGGAGAACACAAGUUUUGUGCCAAGUCCUUGCGAACAUUAAUCGGUUUUGCCAUUUCAAAGAUGGGAAAAAACAUUCAAGUAAUGUCAAGUUCCUUUGUGAAGAAACAAGAGCAAUACACUGUGGAAGGAGUGCAAAAUCUUGGAGACAAAGCAGUGAUGUGUCAUGGGCUCAAUUUCCAAAUAGCAGUAUUUUACUGCCAUCAAGUCCAUGAAAUAAGAGCUUUCAAGGUUCAAUUGGUGGCUGGUGAUGGAACCAAAACUCAGGCACUUGUUGUUUGCCACUCAGAUACUUCAGGCAUGAAUCAUCAAAUGCUUCAUCAAAUUAUGGGAGUUGAUCCUGGAACUAACCCUGUUUGCCAUUUCCUUGGCACCAAGGAAAUUUUAUGGGUACCCAAUUUAGCUGUGGACACUGCCUAUCAGACAAACAUUGUUCUUUAG